UUCCCCUACCAGGGUCCAACAAUGAAUCUUGGUGCCAGGGAUUAGAUGGAUUGGCUUCUAGAUCUGCCGAAUACUAUAAGCAAGGUGCUCGCUUUGCAAAGUGGCGCACAGUUGUCAGCAUUCCUUGUGGUCCUUCUGCUUUGGCUGUGAAAGAAGCAGCAUGGGGACUUGCUCGUUAUGCUGGCAUUUCUCAGGAUAAUGGUCUUAUGCCUGUUGUGGAACCUGAGAUUCUUCUUGAUGGGGAGCACCCUAUUGAGAGGACACUAGAGGUGGCGAAGCGUGUUUGGGCAGAAGUCUUCUACUAAUUGGCUGAGAACAAUGUGAUGUUUGAAGGUAUCUUACUUAAGCCCAGCAUGGUAACCCCAGGAGCUGAGCAUAAGGAGAAAGCUUCUCCAGAGACCAUUGCCACAUACACCACUAUGCUUAAGAGGAGAGUGCCUCCUUCAGUUCCAGGAAUCAUGAUAAUAUUUGGUGAUGAUGUUAUUGAUGAACAGAUAGGAUUUGUUGUUAUUGAUGAUGAUGUUGAACAGAUAAGUUAG